AUGGUGCACCAGAUUUAUAUUGGAUGUGGAAGGUGCCGGUUCAACCUGGCAAAUAUUACAGUGGAACCAGUAUUGUUUUUGUACAUGUUCUCAAACUUCUUGUACUUUUCCGCCCUUCAGGCUCUCAUUUUCAACAAAGUCUGCUUGCAUAAGUACACAGAAGCUUUUUGCGAUGACUUACAGCACAAUGAGACUUAUAAAAAAGCUUACAAAGUUGAGAGUAAUUACGUAUCUUCGGAGACAUCCUUCUGGAUUCUUAAAGUCAACCUUGGUUUGACCAUCCCUUCCUUUUUUGUUGUUAUAUUAUUCUUAGGUGCAAUAGGCGAUAGGUUUGGAAGAAAACCUCCAGUUAUUUUCCCUUGUGUUGGAGCAUUUGCUGCUUAUCUAUCAGGUUUGUUGAAUGCAAAGUACAUGACUGCCCCAUUGCCAUACAUUCUGAUUGGUCCGGUAAUAAAUGGAAUUUGUGGCGGUUUUAUCGCCUGCCUGAUGGCAGUAUACAGUUACGUCAGCCAUAUUUCUGCUCCCUCUACAAAAAUGGUAAGGGUUGGAAUUUUGGAAUCCAUGGUGUUUCUCGCUGGCACUGUCGGUGUUUUUGUCUCCGGGGUCAUCAUUGACAGACAAGGCUAUGUUUUCACGUUUGCAGCUCUGUGCGUUACGAUAGGAGUGGCUUUAUUGUAUAGUUUCUUUUGGCUGGAUAACGUUCACUCACCAAUAACGGAACAGCGACGUGAAAGUUGCUGGAGUAUGACAGUGAAAUUCCUUCGAGAAUCAUUCCAGUGUGUUACCAAAAGACGAGAAGGGAACACUUUCCGUAUUCUUCUCUUGCAGGUUAUUGCCGUUGAUGUUCUGAUGCUCUGCACCUCAGGUGAUAUGGACAUUUCUCUGCUUUACCUGAAAGACUCGUUUGGCUUCUCACUGACGCUGUUUGGCUACCUUCGAGGUUUGGAUAACUUUCUCCGAGGCCUCAUCAUGAUCACCUUUGUACCGCUGAUGAAGAGACUAACAACUGUGACUGAUCUGCCAUUGGUAAUGUUUGGCCUGUUGUCCUACAUUGCAGCUUUCAUUAUCCUUGGUGCUGCUAAUGCCAGAUGGAUGGUAUUUUUAGCUUCAGUUGUUGGAAUGUUUAAGGGUAUACCUUCAGCUGGUCUACGAGCAACUAUGUCUUCUUUGGUGCCGCUCGAGGAACAAGGUCGUCUGUUUGGUUUGAUUGCAGCCUCGGAGAGCCUUGUCUCUCUGCUGGCGUCAGUUUCAUUCAAUGAGCUGUACCCAGCCACUCGAGACAUCUUCCCGGGUCUCUGCUACAUGCUGGGAGCUGCCCUGCUUUUGAUUAUCUUGUGUAUUAUCAUGUAUGUGCACAACACAUUGUCGCGAGGUGGGUUGUCAGUACCCUAUCGGACCAUCGAAGACGUGGAUGCUGACGAUGGUCGUGUCCUGGCGUGUCCUGCGGCUGAUGAGACUGAGUGA